AUGUUCGGCAUGAAUUACACUGAUCCUCCUGAUCCGGAUAACAAAAAAUUAUACGAAGAAGAAUUGGAAGCUGAUGUUGGAGCUAAGCGAAGAGGUAGAAGAGCUGUUCACAAGGAAUUUUCGCCUUAUUCUGGGAACAAACAUAUUCGAUUGAAAGAGAAAAUGGAAUCUAAGGCUAAUCGAAUUCAGGAAGAGAAGAAAUAUUUGAAUUCGAAAUCUCCAAUUGAAAUAUCGAAGGUUGUGCUUAGAGCUGGAAUACGUGAUGUUAUUAAAACCGGAUAUGGCAAGGAAAAUAUCGAUCCGGAGUUCAUUAAAUCGGAGCUUAAUGCUUUUGAGAAGGUGAUUGCGGAUGGGAAGAAAUUGGAAUCGCAGAACAAAAUCAAACCAAUUAGGUAUCUAAAUUGA